GCUACAGCUUCACGUGAUUUUCCAGGCUCCACAAGCUAAGCACUACGUGUCCGUUUCAUCCCCUACCAAAAUCCUACCCCCAUGCACGUGAAACCUUAUUUACAUGCACGGAAGCAACCCAAUCAUCUCCUAAACCAUGCAACUAGUGCCAAUUCAAUAUAAACCCCCAAAACCACAAUAUAACACAGCAAUCAAGACAUUUGCACAGUUUAUAAAUCUAACAUAUAUAGAUUUCACCAUGCUUCCUCUCCUCCUCUCCCUCCUCCUCCUCCUCCUCCCCUCCUCCUCCCGCGCCAGCGACUUCUGCGUCGCCGACCUCAAGGGCGUCGAGACACCCGCGGGCUUCGCCUGCAAGAAGGUCUCGAGUGUCACCGUCGACGACUUCGUCUACACCGGCCUCGGCGUGGCAGGCAACACCUCGAACAUCAUCAAGGCUGCCGUCACCCCGGCGUUCGUUGCCCAGUUCCCUGGCGUCAACGGGCUGGGCAUCUCCGCAGCCCGUCUCGACAUAGCUGUAGGCGGCGUGGUCCCUCUCCACACCCACCCGGCCGGGUCGGAGCUCCUCUUGGUCACGCAGGGCAGCAUCCUGGCCGGCUUCAUCUCCUCGGCGAACGGCGUGUACUACAAAUACCUAAGGAAAGGCGAUAUAAUGGUGUUCCCGCAGGGGCAGCUCCACUUCCAGAUAAACGCGGGCGGAGUGACGGCGGUGGCCUUCGUGAGCUUCAGCAGCCCCAGCCCAGGGCUGCAGAUCACUUCGUUCGCGCUCUUCGCGAACAGCCUGCCAUCGGCGGUGGUGGAGAAGGUGACUUUCCUCGACGACGCGGAGGUGAAGAAGCUCAAGGGAGUGCUGGGCGGAAGCGGCUAAGCUAAGAAAAUAGGGAGAAGUACAGGUGAAGAAGCUCAAGGGAGUGCUCGGUGGAAGCGGCUAAGCUAAGCUAAGCUAAGAAAAUAGGGAGAAGUACAUUUGUUUCUUUCUUAAUUUGUGGUUGCCUUAGAUGUGUUUCUUUGGAGGCAUGAAACCGGGUGCAAUAAUUGCGCCUCUCUCUCUCUCUCUCUCUCUCUCUCUCUCUCUUAUUGUGGUGGUACGUAUUUGGUUUUUUGUUUACGAUGUUUUAUCUGAUCAUUUGAGUCAAGGAAAAAUGCUAAGUUGAUUUGGUUGGUAGCAAA